ACACCUUGCUGCAUAGUGAAUAUCAAACACCACCUAAAGCUCAAACAACAGGAAAACUGCUCCAUUCUUCCUCCACUAAAUGCCUCAAAAUUUGCGAAGCGGCUGCCUCCCCGGGUUGGACCGGAUCCCGUCUGAUCUGUGAUCGGGUCUCUGGACUCACCGGAGACUCGACGCGCUCUGCAAGGCUGUGCGCCUGUCGGAUCAGACCCGCGCCAACCCGGUCCUUGACGAUGGAGCUGAUGGAGGGAGACGUUAUGGACAAGCUGGAGGACAUGUCAUCGGUGUACGACUUCGACCCGAUCACUGGCAACAUUCCUGCCACCAAAGUAGAGAUCACCGUCUCCUGCAGGAAUCUGCUGGAUAAAGACACAUUCUCCAAAUCGGAUCCAUUGUGCGUGCUUUAUACACAAGGUGUUGAAACCAAACAGUGGAGAGAGUUUGGCAGAACGGAGGUGAUAGAUAACACCCUAAACCCCGACUUUGUACGAAAGUACAUACUGGACUACUUUUUUGAGGAGAAGCAGAACUUACGUUUCGACUUGUAUGACGUCGACUCUAAAAGCCCAGACCUGUCCAAGCAUCCUGCAGAAACCAAUGACUUUUUGGGUCAGAUGUUCUGUACUCUGGGGGAGAUUGUUGGAUCACCGGCCAGUCGACUGGAGAAACCACUAGGAGGGAUCCCAGGGAAGAAAUGUGGCACUAUCGUCCUGUCUGCAGAGGAGCUGAGCAACUGUCGAGACAGUGCCACUAUGCAGUUCUGUGCCAACAAGUUGGACAAGAAGGACUUCUUUGGCAAGUCAGAUCCUUUCAUGGUCUUCUACAGAAGCAAUGAGGAUGGAACGUUUACUAUCUGCCAUAAAACAGAGGUGGUAAAGAACACAUUAAAUCCGGUAUGGCAGCCCUUCACUAUCCCAGUGCGAGCGCUCUGCAACGGAGACUAUGACAGAACAAUCAAGGUGGAGGUGUAUGAUUGGGACCGGGAUGGAAGCCAUGAUUUCAUCGGGGAUUUCACGACCAGCUACCGAGAGUUAGCUCGAGGGCAAAGCCAGUUCAAUGUGUAUGAGGUGAUAAACACCAAGAAGAAAAUGAAGAAAAAGAAAUAUGUCAACUCUGGAACAGUGACCCUUCUGUCUUUCUCAGUGGAGUCUGAGUUCACAUUCUUAGAUUAUAUUAAAGGAGGGACACAGAUCAAUUUCACUGUGGCCAUUGAUUUCACAGCAUCUAAUGGGAACCCUUCCCAGUCCACCUCGCUGCACUACAUGAACCCGUACCAGCUGAAUGCCUAUGCCAUGGCCCUGAAGGCUGUCGGGGAGAUCAUUCAGGACUAUGACAGUGACAAGAUGUUCCCUGCUCUCGGCUUUGGAGCUAAACUGCCCCCCGACGGACGGGUGUCACAUGAAUUUCCACUGAAUGGAAACAUGGAAAAUCCUUACUGCAACGGUAUCGAGGGCAUCUUAGAGGCGUACCACCAGAGUCUGAAGACUGUGCAGUUGUACGGACCAACCAACUUUGCCCCUGUGGUCAACCAUGUUGCAAGGUAUGCAGCAGCAGUGCAGGAUGGAUCUCAGUACUUUGUGCUCCUCAUCAUCACAGAUGGCGUCAUUUCUGACAUGGCCCAGACAAAAGAGGCCAUUGUUAAUGGAGCCAAGCUUCCCAUGUCCAUCAUCAUAGUUGGAGUGGGCCAGGCUGAGUUUGACGCGAUGGUGGAGCUAGAUGGUGAUGACAUCAGGAUCUCAUCCCGGGGGAAACUGGCGGAGAGAGACAUCGUUCAGUUUGUUCCUUUCAGGGAUUACAUGGACCGAACGGGUAACCACGUGCUAAGUAUGGCACGGCUUGCAAAAGACGUGCUCGCAGAGAUCCCUGAUCAGUUUAUCUCUUACAUGAAGAGUCGGGGGAUCAAACCCAACCCAGCGCCACCCCCUUACACACCACCAGGACACACACACCACCACACACAGAUCUGACGCCAUUCCCUCAUUCGCUGAGGACUGACCGCAUGCAGCAGCCAUUCAGAGUCCAGUAGGAACUUCCCAUCUCCUGUGUUUUCGGUGCAAACAGGAGGUGACUUACCAGGAGAUGGGUGUUGAAUUUUGUGCCGUACUCUCCCAAUGACUACUGGAACAACAGUCUCUUUCUUUCUUUUUUUUUUUCUGUAAUAUAAUUUGUUUAGCUGCUUUCUCUUGAGGAGAAGCUGCAGACUUUUGGACACGCUGGUAAAAGCCUUUUCACUGACACCGAGGCAGUGACUGUUUAUUGUCUAAUUCGACAGCAGGUUGGUUCACAAAGGUCAUGUUGUGGUCAAAACUUGUGCCUGUCUGUGGUUGUUUCAUAAGUGUAUCAGGACAUGUGAACUUUGACCUAAACCUUGCUCGUCAGUUAUCGUUGUGGCCUAAUACAGUGAUAUUUUUUAGGCACCUUUUCCCUUCUGGAAUUAGUUUUUAUAUUGGGGAUUAUCUUCUAAUGCAUCAGUUAUGAUGAAGGAAAAACUACAGGUGUGCGGUUUACAGUUUGUUUUAUCACUUAUUCAGGCUUUUCAUACCAUAACGUGUCACCUCUUCUCUACUUUAUUACUUAAAUGUUUAUAAGAGCAUGUUGUAUUUAUUCCCCAUAUCUCAGUAUUUAUUCUCGAAUGUUAUUCAGAGUGGCAUGGCAAAUGAUAAAUCUGUUUCGAAAAUCAUAGACUUCAUUUUGAAGUGGUCACCAACUGAUUUUAAGUGAUUGCAUAUACAAAGCACAAAAUUACCUGUUGCUACACUGGAUACAAGAACUAUAAUUAUGCUAUCAGGUUAAUCAUAUUUAAGUCUUUUUGAAUGCUGCAAAUCAAUACUUCUGAACAAAAUACUCAUGUUGUUCAUGUAAAUCAACUUUUUUUGUACUGCAAGAGCAAGUAGUGUUCUCAUGCAGUAAAAAAAAGUCUCAUUAUGGUGGAUGUUACAAAUGACAAACACUGUCAUAGCCUCUGUUUUGUUUUGUCUUUAUAAUCCAUAAGCAUUUUUUGGAUUUAUAGCAAACAACGCAUUACCAUAUGAAUAAAAACAGACCAGGAAAAUAUAUAGCAAAGCAUAAAAUAAUAACCAAACCCGAGCAUAUCUCUGACUGCAUGAUCAAUCUGUCAUUACCGGAUUAAUGCACGGCCUUUCCUUUUAUGCUAAUCUUAUUUUUGUUUUCCCUAGCCUGCGUCCACCAUCAGUUUAGUGGCACAAUGAGAAAGAAACAACAAAAAUACUGCCUUCCACACUGUGACCCCAGUUUCACAGCAUCAGUACUUAUGCUUGGAAUAUGAAAUGCUGCCAUACACAGUGAUGCAACAGCAGGUAUCCACCACUGUUCUAUAAUGAGAUGUCCUUCAAACAUGAGGAGCUCAAUUAAGCAUAAAAAUGUAAGGAAUAAAGUCCAUGUGAAAGUGGGGAUGUUGAACAGGAUGGUAUUUUAACAGUCAACAGGAGAAGAGAAACAGUGCACAGCAAGUUGGGGUUCCUUUUCCAGGUAGCAUUAUUUUGUCAUUGUGGUAUCGCUUCACACUUUCUACUGUUUGUUUUUAAAGGGAUAUGAGGCCUUACACUGAAAGGCAGUCAUAAAUACAGUACAUGAUGAAAAAUAAGACUUCCACAAGAUGUGUUUUUAGGGACUGGAGCAUAGGUGAGACCUCUGCCUUGAUGCAAACUUAUUGUAAAUAUCCAAAUAUACAAUGGAUAAAGUGUGUUGAAAUUCCGUUUCCUAGAGCUGCUUUUCCUAAACUUAGGGUCGGGACUCAAAUGGGUGACAGAUCCAUGUCAACUGGAUCACUAAUUGGUAGAUUAAAAUACAUAAUGAUAUGAUGUACUGUAUAUGAAUUAGUUUUCCAAGAAUGUUCUUUUUUUUCUACAUAUCAUUAGCCUCAUAGCAUAAUAUCAUUGGUCAAAUGAUGAUAUCUUUGUAACUUUACUCUCCUAACACUGCUGCUUCAUUUUGCAUCAUUGGCUACAACUUAGGCUAUUAUGCUAUAAUGCUAACAGUAUGUUAAGCUCAGAUUCCUUGUCCAGGGCUAUCACUCUCUCAUCUAUCAACUUGUGUAAGGGAAUACGGUUUUGAUGAUGGAAUGACCAGUAAAAAAAAAAAAAAAAAAGAUGAAAUGGAUGUCACAGCAAUUCAU